CGGAUCAGCACCGAUCAAUUGGGCACUUCCUUCUCUCGUGGCAUGCGGGGGAACAGUUUGAACACAGCGCCAAGCGGCCAACCAGAACUGACGGUCGCGACCUCCGCUCCGGCGCGACGGCACGGCGACUCCAACACCCUGGGACUGCCCACGGAAUGAUCGAUAGAUGGCGGCCGCAUAAAACGCUACGACAGCUAUCUCGAGGCUUGUGUUCACCCUCGGUCGCGCCUCGGAGCCUCUGUCCCUAUUCUCCCCCUACUGAAGGCUGUACGGAAGCGGUGGCCUUCUCGUGCAGUCGCGUCGAGAAUCCUCGGAAGUCGGGAGUGAAGGAAUCGGCCUAUUGUAUUUAACUGUCGCCGCCAGCCAGCCGCCCCUGGACUGAUCCUUCGACAACAUGCGCCUCCCCUCCUAUCUCUCGCUCCUCUGCUUGUUCGCUUGCCACCACCUUCCUGCAGCAGCACGCCUUGAGCGACGACAAGAUGUGCCGCCAACACCGUUUCCUGACCCUAGUGGUUAUAGCGUGCAGCCAGUGGCGAUAGGAGUAGCAGACACUGGGUACUCAGGGUUCCCUAACGUCCUGAACGCGGACAUCGUUCUCGACUUUCAGCUGAAGGUGGCUCCAGGGGCUUCUAUCCCCAUGUACAUGUCUUCAAACCGAGAUCCCAAGAACAUCACGAGGGCGGUCAUUUCACUUCCAGGCAAGCUCAGGGAUAACUGGUAUUACUUCUGGGCGCUCGACAAGGCGCUCUACCAGGCGUGGGGGACCUACCCCGACGUGGAUUAUAAUGCUAUAUCUGUCAUGGCACCCGUCUUCCUCAACCAGAUGGACAUCGACGCAGGCGCUGCAGCCGGUGUUAACGGCACGCUCUUCUGGAACGGCACCACCUGGAUGUCCGGGCACUACAACAUCGGGCCCGACACCUUCGCCAACAUCAGCUCCUACGACGUGAUGGACGACCUCGUCGAUUACUACCUCAACAAGACCGUGUUCCCGAAUCUUGAUCAAGUGGUGAUUGCGGGCCACUCGGCAGGCGCGCAGCUCACGCAGCGGUACGCCGCGCUGCGCAAGAGCCGCAAGGACGACGACCGCAUCGUGUACUGGAUGGCGAACCCGGGGAGCUUGCUGUGGCUGACGGAGGACCGCCCGCUGCCGAAUGACAGCUGCGCGAACGUCGAUCGGUGGAAGUACGGGCUGUCAGAUGGGGUGCCGGCGUAUGGGGCGUACGCGCUCAAGCAUCUGCAGAGGGAGGGCAUCGUCGAGCGCUACAACUCGCGUAAUAUUCAUUAUGCGUGGGGGACCGGCGACGACGGGCCAGGCGAUACGCGAUGCCAAGCGCAGACUCAAGGCAUGACCCACUACCAGCGUGGGCUCAACUUCGUCAACAUGCUGCAGAACAUCUCGGGCGGGAGCCUCCCGGCGAACGCGACGGUCGACUUUGUCGAGGGCGUCACGCACGACUGCGAGGGUAUGACAAGAAGUCCCUCGGGCUUGACACGGCUCUUCCGCAAUGCAACGUAUCAGGACCCGGCCGGAUUCUGGAAUGUGGGAAGCUCGACUAUGUCGUGGCCUUCAAGAGCUGGCGGCGUGCGAGGGGUCGCACGGUCGCACGGACCCCCUUUAGGAGGGCGUUCGCUGCUCGAUAUCAGCCUCGAGGCGCUCCGCGAUUACGGUGGACGGUCAACUCCUGCGACGGCGUUCCCGACGAAGGUGCCACAUCACCCUAGGGCUUCCAAUCGAGUGUGUUUCCCGACAUGA